AUGAAACGGUUCCGGUUGUGGAAUAAUUACGCAAUGUGGCUACCUAGAUUGAUGCGUGCAGCUACAGCUCAGCAAGAAAUGCAAAGUUCCAGAGUUGGCCCUUUACCUCAAAAUAUUCCAUGUGAUGUUACGGGGAUGGAAAGGGAACGUUUAACGGCCUAUACAUUACCUGCGUUUAGAAUGGCACCUCCAACGAAUUACAAUGUUUUUAGACACUUCUUUGUUUUUUUCGGGUGGUGCUGCGUUUCUGCAUUCGGCGCAUUUAUCCUUCUUUUAGUUUCGUACAUUUCGCGAGAGACUAGAGAAUCUUCCAAAGACUUUAGCACAAUGUUAGUCUUGGCUGUUUUUUUAAUUGGAGUGCUCAUAUAUGUUGCAUUCCGCCAUCUAAAAGCUCAACUGUCAUUCUGGCGGAGUGGUCGAGAUCGUGUUCUCCGCCGUUGCCAGGGAGUAACCCUAUCAGCCAAUUUCUUCUUCGAACCUUCUACAUUUCCUGGUCCAUCGUCGCAGCAUUUUGGUUGCCAGUUGCCGGUUCGUAGGAUGGGAGAUAACUGUAAUGAAUUUUCGGUUUUACCUACCUACGAUGAUGCUAUAAAGGAGCCUGUGUUUGCUCCCCCACCUUAUACAUCCGUUGCUUUGGAUUACUGCAGUUCCAGUGAGCAGGCUGAAGGAGACUCUGCACAAAGUGAUUUGAGAAACAGUGAUGAAUGUUGCGGCGGUGAAUUUGACAGUCACUCAAAAGUUUUACUUGGGUUUGUGGAUAUGGUGUUUUUGGAUAAGUGUUUGGGGUUAUGGCAUGAUUGGCUAGAGCUCAUUUUGCGUUACGAAUCUCUUUCCAUUGCUUACGGUUAUAUGGUUGUACCGUUUUUGUAUAUAAGGCUAAAUGUGUUUUCCUUUAUAUUUUUUGUCUUUGAAAAGCUUUUAAGGUUAAGCUUUGGGAAAUAUUCAGAUGGCUAUGCUUCAAGUGAGUUUUUUGUUACGCUUUGUCCCAAAGAAACUUUGGAAAAUUUUUUUGCAUGUGUUUCGCGUUCUCUUUUGCUGGGGUGGAGAUGGUGGUUAAAUUGGAAACGAUUUAUUAAGCGUGUGACCACUCGCAAAUUAAGACGUAAUUCGGGUCCAGCAAUAUCCUAA